GCAGCGAGUGCCUGCUCCCAUCUCUGCUCUCCUGAUAAGCGAACUCACAGUUCAUCUGCUCAGCAUCAUGAAGGUCUCCGGGGCUGCCCUGGCCGUCCUCCUCUGCACCAUGGCCCUCUGCAGCCAGGUCUUGUCUGCACCAGCUGGUGCUGACACCCCGACCGCCUGCUGCUUCACCUAUGCGCCUCGGCAGAUUCCACGCACAUACAUUGUCGACUAUUUUGAGACCAGCAGCCAGUGUUCCAAGCCAGGUGUUAUCUUCCAAACCAGAAGAGGCCGGCAGGUCUGUGCCAACCCCAGUGAGGACUGGGUCCAGGAAUACGUCACCAACCUGGAGCUGAAUGCCUGAGUGGCCUGGCAGCUUUGAGGAACCCAGUGACCUCAGUGGACCAACAGGAGGCAGGGGCCUGAGCCUUGGAAACACCCCUGUCACCUCCACAGCUACCUCUCCUGUGGGCUGGUUGUUGCCAGCACCCACACUCUGGGACUCUUCCUAACUUAAAUUUCAUCUUAUUUAUACUAUUUAAUUUUGUAAUUUAUUUUGAACAUCAUGCUGUGUUUGGGACUCUGCUCCAAGAGAUCUCAGGAUACCUUCUUCACCACCCUCCCCUCCCCCUUCACUUGCACUGUGAUUGGUAACAAUUGAGCGACUGUCAUCAGUUUGUUCUGAGCAGAGGUGGCACCAAAGCCACCAGACUGACAUAUAUGUAUGAAACGUUUCUGCUCAGUGCCGUGUUCAGCAUG